AUGUCUUCCUCUCCGCCACCGACCACCAACGACAUCCUCCAGGAAACCCUGCCACCAGCCAAGAUCGGGGUUGUUAUUUGUUCGCAACGGCAGCCACGGAUUGGAAACCAAAUCGGCACCUUGAUCUUUGAUAAUCUCAAACAAUAUCAGCAAGCCAAUCAACAUACACCACCGGACUUCAAACCUUAUGAGCUCUCUCUCGUCGACUUGGCCGACCAUCCACUUCCAUUGUUCAAUGAACCUGGCAUCCCGCAGAGCAUCACGAACCCCUUGGAAUACACUCACGAACACACCCGCGCCUGGUCCCAAGUAAUCACAUCCCACAAAGCAUUCAUCUUCGUGACACCCCAAUACAACUGGGGUUACCCCGCCAAUCUGAAAAACGCCAUCGACUAUCUCUUCAACGAGUGGGUAGGUAAGCCGGCCAUGGUCGUGUCAUAUGGUGGUCACGGGGGGAAUCGGUGCGCCGAGCAACUGAAACAGGUGCUCAGCGGUGUCAGAAUGAAGGUUGUGCAGAAGAGCGUCGGUUUGGCUUUUCCAGGGCCAGGCAGAGAAUUCCUUAUCAAGGCGGCCAAAGGGGAGGACUUGGGGCUGGCCAACGCUGAUGGGCCGUGGGCCAAGGAAUUGGAGGAGGUGAAAGGGGUCUUUGACGAGUUGGUGAAGCUGCUACAUGAGGAAUGA